AUGUACAAGUGCGCCGCUCUUCUCGCCCUUCUCGUCGCCUGCGUCGCUGCAGCACCGGCCCCCGGCUAUUUGACAUCCGGGGCGAUCGCCGCUGCACCCAUCGCGUACUCGGCGCAUCCCGCACCCAUCGUCCACGCGGCCGCCCCGAUCGCCUACAGCGCGCACCCAGCCUCGCUCGCCUACGCCGCGCACGCAGCCCCGAUCGCCUAUGCCGCACACGCGGCUCCGCUCGCCUACGCCGCUCACGCGGCUCCGCUCGCGUACGCCGCACCCGCUGUCAGCUACAUCCACUAG